CGCUGGCCGCUGAUUAGGUGUUCAAAAUGGCCAUUACCUUACCACUAAUCUACUACCUAACCUAACUAACUACGAAGUACCUCCCUCAGCUGGUACCCAUCGCUGACAAUUAUUGCCAUCGGGCAGCUUGAAGGGUAAAAAACGCCGAGGAAACCGACCCUCCUCUUGAUGUCUUCACUGCCACUGGUGAGGUUCAGAAGAAAAUUGACAGGCAAAGAGGGAAAAGGAGAAGCGAGGUUUGAUUAAUAUCAUUCACACUUUAGUCUUCUGUCGUGCCGUGGAACUGAACUCCAAGCUAUUCUUGUUUUUCCAUCGGGUUUAUUUAAUAAAUUAUUAUUAACCCAUCUGACUGGUUGGUUAAUCAUAUGCCCAAUAAUUAUUGACUUCUCCUUACCAACAUCCACACCCCUCCGUUGGUGCGCCGCUCGCCAAACCCCACAGUUCUCGUCUGCCGUUUGUUUCUUUGGGAGGCGUUCUUUGUUUUUUUUUUUCCUUUUCCUUUCCUUGUCUUUUUCACUUUCGACUUGUGACAUAUCAUCUGCCGAGAUGACCAUGUCUUCCUCAGUCGACGCCGAGGGUUCAGAGGAUGUGAAUGACUUCCUGCUUCGUAUCCGGGAGCUUGGAGAGAAGCGCGACAAGGAAGACGAAGAACGUACCAGGAAACUAGAGGAGGAGAUUCUGCAGGGCCGGAAGGAAAGGCAGGCUCGAAGAGCUGAGCGGGCACGGUCGAUAUCGCCGACGAAAGACUCUCCAUCCAUACUAGAUAAUGCUCGACUGAGCACCUCGUCGUUCAGCCUACGAGCCAUCGAUCCUCCCGAACAUCUUGAACCGACUCCCCGAACCCCAGACCAUGAUAUCAACAGCAAAUCGGAAGCCAUUCGCGACGACGAAUCCGUAACUACCAAUGGCAGCCGAAGAGGAUCUAGAGUAGAUAUAAACGAGUCAGAGUCAUCUCCUAAGGCCCCUUCGGUUUCGCUACGAAGCAGAGCCGGGACGUUGUCCUGGCAGCAACGGCCCUCAUCGCGAGAACUCAAUAGACCCUUUUUCUCUACUUCCCCCGUUCGGGAAAACCGCUUGAGAGCCAUGUCAAGUACAUCGACCGAUGAUCGUGGAUUGUCUUGCAGCUCAACAUUGCGCUCUCCCACAAAGGAGACUCCCUCAUUGGACCAAGCAGAAAAAAACGCUAACUCCCCCAUGCGGACAAUGACUGUCGAAGAAGAAUUCCAAGAGCUCUCUACACACGACAAAAGCCCUAAAGCAUCGGAGGUAGAACCGGAAACUACGAACGAGCUGGAAAAGGAAUCAAGUCAACCCGAAGUUGGAGAGAUACGAUCACGUUCACCAUCAAGGGCAAGCUCCACUUUCGCAGAAAGUAGUCUCGGCCAUCGAUAUUCAAGUGUUUCUUCCGUCUCAACAGCUACAGGACUAGGAUCACCCGUACCUCUGUCAAGCGCACAAAAGUUCGAGCCCCGAAAGACAGAGGCAGACUCAGAGGACCAAACGGCGACGCCACUAUCGCCCAGACGUCUCUCCCCGGAACGUUCAACUUCGCCAACCAAGGGUCUUGGAGGCUUUGUGCAAAGCGCCAUGAUGAAGCGAUCUGAUAGUGUUUCAAAACGUUGGAGUGCUCAACUUCCAUCUGGAUUGAGCCGCGGCCACUCAUUGGCAGGGAAUAGAAAUAGCUUCGCUGCGCCGAGUAAAAAUGACCUUUUGUCUUCACCUCGACUUACACCCGACAGCUCGACUUUAACAACGCAUCGACCGGGUUCUAGCCACAGACCAAGCUCUAGCCACAGCGAGGCAACGAUUGUCAAAGAGAGUGAACGCCCAGCUACUCCGCCGAUUCCUAGCGGAAAUGGCGCCACACGACCCGAUGGGAGCCCCGGAAGGCCACAACUUGAGCUCCAUACAAGAUCUGCUAGCGCUUUGGAGAACCAUGAUGCUAGCUCACUACCUCCGAGUAGCCCUGUGGUCUCUAGGACUAUGGAUCCCAAGCGUUGGAGUCCAACCAAAUCCACCUGGCUCGAGAGUGCUUUGAACCGUCCCGAUUCACCAAGGCAUAAGAAACAGCCCUCGCAAUCAACAACAUGGAGCAGAGAACGGCAGUCAAGAGGCAGUAUCGAUAUGGGCCGGUCGAAUACCUUUAAAGAAGUUACUCCUGUAGGAUUGAUGCGUACCGCCGCCCCUGGCAGCCACUCAAAAUCAUCGAGUGUUUCUGGAAUGCCAAAUUUGUUCGGUACACCUGACACGACAAACAAAGCAAAGGAGACUCCAGCGGAAACCACCACACCUGACACCGAGGGCAAUAAUAUACCACCUGUGGAGGAAAGCUCUACAGACCCUUCAAAGACAACGGAGACUGUACCAGAGAGUACGGACCAGACCGCCGAGCCAACCACCACUAGACGCAAGCGUGCCCCAACAUUAUUGACGCCAACCUCGAACGCGAGUUUUGAUUCACCUAUCUCGCCUACUAGGAUCUCACCUACUAGAGACCCCUUGUUGAACCGACCGAAGCCGCAGUCCCCUGUGAUAGAUUUCCGUGCCAAUCUCCGAAAGCGAGAAGUUGUUAAGGAUCAAGGACCCAAGGAAGAGCCAGAGUUCAAAAAUGUUUUUGGAAAGCUGAAGAAAACAGAAUCAUCGAAUUAUGUCCCAUCCGACGAGCUCAAAGAUAAUAUACUGAGAGGGAAAGCAGCAUUGAAUGCUUCGGGAGGUCCAAAGAAAAACCAGAAGGUUGACGAGCUCAAAGAAAGUAUUCUGAAACAGCGAGAGGCAAUCAAAUCCAGCGGAGGCUCAUUACGGCGCAAUACUGCUGGGGAAAGCGAUGCUCCUAUGAAGGUCGUUCCUGAAGCCAUUGCGAAACGGCAUAACCUGACAAAGUCCAGCAGUGCCAAAAGCAACGUGUCUGAUACGCCUGCCUCCCUUUCUCCUAGGGACCCCGGGACACCACAGCUUUCACCCCAACUUUCAUCAGAACUUGAGCGUGUCGACCGUUCUCCUAGCCCACAACUUCCCACGGAAGAACAUAAGCCCGACGUACCUGAUACCCAGGAGCAAAUACCUGAACCCGAUUAUCCUAUCAGCAAACAAAAUAGUAAAAAUGAGGCGAAUGAGGCGAAUGAGGCGAAUGAGUCGAAGGGUCCGUUGGAAAAUGCGGUAAUUGGAGAGCAGAAGAAAUCAAGUGAAGAGACCAUCCAACCGGUGCGUGCUUUGCCAUCGGGGAAUGUCAAGCAGGCCACAAAUCCGCCUGCUUCAGCUGAAGGUCUUGCUACUAAAGGUAAACUCGCAGGCCGAAUAAACCCUGCCUUGGCAGGCCUCUUAUCGCGCGGUCCUCCCGCGGCAGUAAAUGGGUCGAACAACGCGUUGCCCGUGAAUGAUACCGUGUCGUCAGCCCCGAGUCCUGCUGCUGCCCUCACGCAUAUGACGAAAAACCGCGCCAGGGGCCCGAAAAGACGUCUCCCAAAUCCCGUAGCUUCAGAAGCCAUAGAUCCCCCAUCAAAGGAAGCGACAGAAUCGUAUGAGAUCCCGGACUUUCCUGAUAUGAACGAGCCUGAAGACUUGGAUUCCGCACCCGAGGAGUCAACCCCUCGAGAGAGCUUGCCAUCUUCUGAGAUGGAAGAGAAGAAAGAUCCCAUACAGGGUUUUGGACCAAAGGCAGAAUCUGCUACCCGGGAUAUUUCGCCACCUCCAAAUGAGGAAACAGGUGCCAUUAUAAAAGAUUUGGUGCCCAAAACAGAGUCUACUACCCAAGGAGUCCCACCAUCUCUUGAUAUUGAGGUAGACGCCUCCAUGGACCCCGCACCGAAGGAAGAGCUUAGUCUUGAAGAGCCUCUACAGUUCUCCGAUACCAAGGAAGACCAACUCCUCACAGUGGACUCUGCACCAAAGGGAAAGCCUGGCUUUCAAGAUGCGCCACAGUUCUCUGCUAGCACGGAAAACGAAGCCCCUACCGUGGACUCCCUAUUGAACGAAGAAGAGAUCAUAAUUCAAGAGCCCGUGAUGCCCUCAAAUAAAGAGGGAACAAUUCCUGAGAAUUGUACAUCGCAAAGAGAAACUAUCUCCUCCAGGCUAACAAUGUCCUCUAACACCGGAGAGCCUGAGACUAUGAAUCCUGCUUCCAAGGAAGGUACCGAUGUCCAGCAGAUUCCACUACCCUCGGAGAUCAUGAGACCUGAACCCAUUGGGUCUUUGGAAAGUGAGGAGACUGGUUCCCGGAGUCUGCCGUCCCCAACUAUCAUGAGAUCAGAAGUCCCCUCUACGGACCUUGUGCUCGAAAAAGAAACUGAACCACAGGCAGACCCAACUUCGCCUAAUAUCAAGGAACCUGAGGCAAGUCUAUCUCGUACUCAAAGCCCCGCAGGCAAUUCUAGCGGCUGGCCGCUCCCUGAUGGUUAUAUUCCCGCGCCUGCUGCGUCGGAAACAGGCUUGGCCCAACCUUCUCCAUCAACCACGGGCAAGCCUACCGAGUUCAAGAGGAGUAUUCCUCACAUGGCUGAGAGAGAUUCCAAGCAGAAGUUUGGCGAACUUCAGUCUAAGCCAGCCACAGAAUUCGAGAAACUCACGCAGAAGUUUGAGAAAGCCCAUGAGGACAUAGAAAACCGGCGCGAUUCAUUUAAACCAGUCCCUCCGCCGAAAGCAGCCCCAUCCACACCUACCCCCGAGUUUAGGCAAUCCAGAAGCUCGCCAAUCCAUUUUUCGUCUCCGUCUCCGUCUCCGUCUCCUCUCAGGUCUAGCUUCAAACAAAACCAAAUCUAUCCUUCUCCGACUGCUUAUCGAAGGAACGCCCCGGGUAUGUCACCGUCUUCACCCAGGGACAAGUCUUUACCAUCCCCUCCUGUUCCUCCUAAGUCCAGCCCCUCUGUGGACCAAGUUUCGUCACGAAGAUCUUCGGCAUCGUUAGUGCCCCAGGCCGACGAGUCUCUUGAAGCCAUUUCUGGCUUCUUCAGGACAUUCCCCAAUUCAAGGGAUUCCGUGAAUAUUGAUGCUCAGCUAAUGCUGACGAGCAAGAACGAGAACCAGAAGAUUAGGACCCUGAGGAAGCAGAUGUGGGAGAUAACAGGUGAUGGCAAGAAACAAGAUCUCCCAGUCAAUCAGGAGUACAUCCUCUACGAAGGCAGCAUGUAUCUCUGCGUGCAUCUGUUCGAAGCUAACGGUGGUGCACGGUCAGAGGCUCAUCUUUGGUGUGGUGAUGAUGUUCCCGAUGCAGCAAUAGAUGACGCGCAAUCUUUUUCGAAGAAGGUGGCCAAGGAGAAUGGCUGCAAAUUGGAAAUCAUCAAGCAGGGAAAAGAAACAGCGCGUUUUAUCCAAGCCCUCGGCGGAAUCCUCAUAACCCGUAGAGGUCUCAGUUCUCGUUCCAGUUCCUCAGCCUUCUUCAUGCUUUGCGGCAGAAAGCAUCUAGGCCAAAUGGUUUUUGACGAAGUGAAUUUCUCCCGCCAAAGCCUGUGCCCCGGCUAUCCGUUCGUAAUAUCUGCCAUGUUUGGCAAGGUAUAUCUGUGGAAGGGCAAAGGCAGUGCAGCUGAAGAGGUCGGAGCCGCUCGGUUGAUUGGAAUGGACCUUGGCUUGACCGGUGAGUUCGAAGAGGUUGCUGAAGGAGAAGAGCCAGAGAGCUUUUUUGAGUGUUUCCCACAUUAUGGGGAAUCCGAGGGUUACAUGCGCCCAGAUUAUUGGCGGCUAAAGCCUAACCAUGCAUGUUAUCGCCCGAGACUACUUCGUAUUGACCAUGAGCUCGGUCAGCAGCGGCCAGCAGGGUUCUGGCUGCGCCGGCCAGGUUCCGCGUCCCCGGUGAUCCGACCCAACGACACUGUCCAGGAGAUCGAGCCUUUCUGCCAGAAGGACAUCAAGGCCAAUGGUAUUUAUAUCUUAGACACCUUCUUCGAAAUCUAUGUGAUUGUCGGCGAACAAGCGUCCAACCGACCGGCAGAAUUCGUAUCUGCCGUGGUAUUUGCACACGAAUAUGGCAUUCUAGCUGCUUCGCUCCAAGACCGGCCAUUCAUUCCUAAGAGUUUUGUGUCCCUUGGCGGCGUUCCGGGUAGCUGCUGUACAGCAUUCCGCAAGUGGGAGCAGCCUACCCUGCGGAUGCCCCCACAAGUCUUUCCCUUGAACGCAGCCAUCGAAGCCAUGCGCUCCUAAAUAAUCUUUGUUCUAUUCUCGGUUUAUAUCUUGUUUUCUUUUCAAAUUUCUCUUUCCCUGUCUAUAGAUAUUUGCAUCUGGAUUGUGCAUAUACUGGUGUCUGUACAGAGACUGUUGUCAACCGGCCAAUGGAUAGAACCGAAAGGUGGGUAUGAGGAGCAUAAUCCAAGGAGCCUAGGGCGGGGUGAAUUUGGGCAAUUGUCUGUAUGCUGUCAGGGGAGUUUGGAAGCCACAUCAGGUACAUAGUGGUGGUUUAUUCUGCAUAUCCGGUUUCUCUUCUGAUGUAUGAUAUUUCGUGGCUCUGGCUACGUAUCUAGAUAACCAUCGCACGGUCCCAUCCAUCUGGACUUGGGCAGAAAUGCAUGGUAUGUUCUAGUGACUACCCAACUUGUUUUACUAUUUUCGUGCAUACUUGAAAUUAAAGAUAUACUUAAAUAGUUAAUGGAACAUUGCAAUAACGUAAUUCAACAA